GUGACUCGAUCCUUUUAUAAUUAGGCAUGGGAAUACCACAUGCUUGACAUUCCAAGUGAGCUUUAAAUAUUCUUUCCUUCCCCCUUCACAUUUUCCCACAUUUUUUUUUUCCUCUUAUAUGUCUAUUAGAAAACCUUUUCCUACUGCCACUUCCGAUACUGGUUUUCUUCAGGAACCACCACAGCUAAAAAAUCAAUAUGAAGACGAUCUUGUUUUCAAAAACGUUUUGAAACGACUAAUUCCACCUACCAUACUUUCUGAGAUUGAACCCGAUCUUUCCCAAUUUGGCGAUCGAGUUACUAAUGAUAUCUUGGCCAUGGGGGAUGACGUAAAUGUUCCUAGUAACUAUCCACGGCUUACACAGUAUGAUGCUUGGUGCAGACGUAUUGAUCAUAUCUCGGUUUCCCAAGGAUGGAAGGAAUUAAAUGAUGUUGCAGCCGAAGAAGGUCUUGUUGCAAUUGCAUAUGAAAGAAAGUAUAAUGAAUUCUCACGAAUUUAUCAAUUUGCAAAGCAAUACCUUUAUAUGCCCUCAGCAGCCAUGUAUUCAUGCCCUUUAUCAAUGACUGAUGGAGCCGCUCGUGUUAUUGAGUUAAAUGGAACCGAAGAAAUCAAAAACAAGUAUUACUCGAAACUGAUUAGUCGUGAUCCUCGCAAAUUUUGGACCAGUGGUCAGUGGAUGACCGAGCGUCCCGGCGGUAGCGACAUUGGCCAAUCAGAAACCCAGGCAGAGUUAUUGGAUGAAGGGACUAAUACUUGGUCGAUAUCCGGAUUCAAGUGGUUUUCCAGCGCUACAACAGCCGAUUUAACUAUGCUUUUAGCACGAACAAUCGAUCCUAAAGAGGGUACAGUUCGGACUGGAAGUAAAGGGCUUUCGCUUUAUAUUGCUGAAAUGAGACAACCUGAUGGCCAGUUAAAUGGGGUCAAAGUUCACCGUCUUAAGGAUAAAUAUGGUACCAAGGGUUUACCAACUGCCGAGCUUCAACUCAGCGGAAUGAAGGCUAAUAUGAUUGGAAAUACUGGACGAGGCGUACCUGGCAUUGCAUCUAUUCUCAAUAUCACACGUAUUUACGCUUGUUUGGGAGUUGUGUGUUCUCUUCGUAGAUCCCUUGUUAUCGCAAAAGAUUUUGCUUACAAACGUCAUGCAUUCAAUAACACUCUGGACAAGACACCUUUGCACAUCACUACACUUGCACAAUUAGAAUUAGUCUUUCGUGCUGGUGUCCAAAUUUCAUUUUAUUGUAUCGAGUUACUAGGUCGUACUGAGUGUAUACAAGAAAGCCAGCAUGAUGCAGCUAUUCUUCGUUUUUUGACACCCAUUGCUAAGGCUUAUGUGUGCAAGAUUGGGAUUAAUGCUUGUAGUGAAGCUAUGGAAGCGCUUGGUGGUCAAGGGUACAUGGAAGAAAUUGGUAUUGGACGUCAGCUGCGAGAUGCUCAAGUCAAUACUAUCUGGGAAGGUACGACUAACGUUUUAUCAAUGGACGUUUUGCGUGUCAUUCAAGAAACUAAAGGAAAAUGUCUUUUGACGUUCAGAAAUAUGGUAAAAGAAAAAGUGGAUCGUGCUGCUCAAGCCUCACCCCUCUUGGUUGAAGCUGUUAAAUCUGUUCAUAUUGCAUUGCAUAAUAUUGAUACUUUUGUUAAUUCAAACAAAACACGUAUCGAGAUUGAAUCCAAUGCUCGUCAGUUGACCUUUGCAUUAGGCAGGACUCUUGCUGGUGCACUACUUAUUGAGCAAGCAGCAUUUGAUAUCACUAACAAGAAUGAGGGUGCCGAAGAAGACAUCAUUGUUGCAAAUCGUUGGUGUUGUGUACGUGAUUUUACACAAGAAUUAAUUCCUAUUAAUGCCGAUCUUGUUGCGGACGAAGCUAAAAUAGUGUUCGGAUCCAAUGCAAAGAUAUAAAUAAAACGAUUGUAUAAAUAAUUGAUUAAGAGACUCUUUUUAACAAAUGCUGAUAUCGUUUGAAAUCACUGCCCAGUUUAUCAUUGUGUACUAUUUAUAGGACCUCAAAAGGUACAUACAUCACUGCUACGUCUUUUUAACAGCUUAAACCUUUCACCCUGGUUGAACACUAAGAAUUCUGACUAUUCUUAUUAUUGUCGUGAAAAAAGUCACGGUUCGGUACGUGAUGCUUUUGUUUAGAUGGAAAAUUCGACAAUUAUAUGCAAGUUGAACACAUUAGCAAAAAUAUGAACAUGAUUACAUUUUUUUGUAGAACAAACUAGGCCUAUAAAUACAUGGUUCUGGUUCGGGAAUACUAAUUCUGGAAAGAAUUAUAAAUCCACCAAAAGUAUCGUGAGUGCCCCAUGAUUCUAUCUAUGAGAAGUAUG